AUGGCAUCACCGGCCUCGUCGAAGAUGACCAGCGUGGCAACCAAUGCCGCCCGGCAAUUCUUACCCUUCGUCAACGAGACAGGGUCGCCGUACCACGCCGUCGCGGCCGUGAAGAAGAUGCUGCUCCAGGCAAAUUUCGAGGAGUUAUCGGAAGCGAAUCUGCCCUGGCGGCUCCAAAAGGGCGGUAAGUACUUUCUCACCAAGCUCGGCACCACGGUCUGCGCCUUUGUGGUCGGUGGCCAGUUUCACACCGCGGAUCCCACGACCAAGCCAGCGGCGAAGGGCGGCGGCUUCGUCAUCUGUGGGGCGCACACGGACUCGCCGUGUCUGCGGUUGCGUCCGAACACGAAAGUAACGGGUACGAAGGAGCACGUGCAGGUCGGGGUGCAGACUUACGGCGGCGGCCUGUGGCAUACCUGGUUCGACCGCCCGCUCGGGCUGGCCGGCAAAGUCGUUCUGUCCCGCAACAAAACCCCCGCGCAACUGGAAGAAAAACUCGUUCGGAUCGAUCGCCCAGUCUUGCUGGUCCCCAAUCUGGCCAUCCACCUGCAGACGGCCGAUGAGCGCAAGGCUUUCAGUAUCAACACCGAGACAAAUUUGCAGCCGGUGCUGUGCAUGACGUCCGCUGUCCCUACCUCCGGCUUGGUCCUGUGCGAACCCGUACCCGGAGCGGCGGCGCCGGCGGCCGCACCCAUGCAGGGGGCAAAGCAACACAGCGAAGAACUGCUCACGCUGCUGCACGAGGAAAUGGGGGUGAGCAACGCGGAAGCGAAGAUUGUGGACCUGGACCUCUGCCUCUUCGACGCGGAGCCGAGCCGCUUGAUCGGAGCUCGCGAGGACUUUAUUUUUUCUGGCCGGAUCGACAACCUGAUCUCCGUCUGGGCGCAGUACGACGCGCUGGUUCGGUUCGCGCAGUCCCCGGAAGCCGCGACUUAUUCGGAUAUCGCGGUGGCUUGCGCCUUCGACCACGAAGAAGUCGGCAGCGAGAGCACUGCGGGAGCGGACAGUGGCUGUCUGCAGCAGUGGUUGCAGCAAAUUCUCGGCGAGGUUUUGGAUUCCACGACCACUUCCGCUAAGCCCGGCUCGCCGAAAACUACAGGGAUUUUGAAAAACAACGACGCUAUGACGGUGCAAUUUCCCCCGCGCGCGGGCCAGCCAGGUUCUUCCUGCAUCCCGUACCAGAGCGCCUGGCUUGCGACGGUUUCCCGGAGCAUUCUGUUCUCGAUCGACGCAGCCCACGCCUACCACCCAAAUUACGCCGCGAAACACCAGUCCGAGCACCGCCCGGUUCUGCACCAGGGUAUCGUGAUCAAACACAACGCCAACCAGCGGUACGCCACCACCUCCACGACAUCCGCGUUGCUCCGGGCGGUGGCUGCGAAAGACAACAUUGCAGUUCAAGAUUUCGUGGUCCGCAACGACUGUCCCUGCGGGUCCACCAUCGGACCCAUGGUGAGCAGCAACCUGGGCAUGCGGGCCAUCGACCUGGGGAUUCCGCAGUGGGCCAUGCACAGCGUCAAGGAGACCUGCAGCAGUAUCGAUCUCGACCACCUCCAGCGGUUCUGUCUCUCUGCCUUCCGCCAUUUUCGCGAAUUGGACAACGGGCUCACAAUUUUGUAGCAGGCCAGCGAGAUGAAGAUGAUGACGAUUUGGGAACUGAAACCUCACGAUUUUUUGAAAUAGCAGUCGUAGCUGUGGUUGAUGCUUUUGUUGCAGUUGAUCUGAGUUCUCGCGAGAAGAACGACAACGAACGCUACUCCUCCUUGGUGUUUUUUAUUUCGAAAAAGCGCAACAGCGACAGCCUAGUGCUAUGUAAAAAGUUUGAGUUCUUGUACUUGAUGAAGCGAAAGGAGAAGGAAACGGAGCAGAAUGGGCUUCAACAGCAUCAGAAAACUACAUUGAUGUCGACGCUGGACUGUUUUUUUUGGGACAUAUUUGCCUGCUGUACUGAGUUGCCUGUGCAGCUUGAUGUUGAUCAACAUGCGACUGUCAAAAUGAAGCGCUGCAGCCUUCCCGCUAUUAAGGAAGAGAAACAGCUACACUACUCCUGCUGGUCGGAAUCGCGAUUGGAGGACUUUUAUUGUCAUCCACCUUCGUUCUGGUUUCGCUUUCGGUCCUAGCGAGUAAACCGAUCUUAAGCAACUACCAACGCCUGAUCUUCUACGAAUCUAUUUGAAGCAAGAGCUCUGGUGCUUGCUGUUGCUAGUGCGAGCAUGUGCAUGUCGAUAGAACAAGUAAAUCAGUCGGAUGUGGUCUUUAUGUUUAUCGUGUGGUCAUAUCAAGUACUUAGUUCUUGGGUGCUUCAGCU